CAACACGCUGCAGUGACAAACGAUUUUCGCAAGAAGUGGAUGAAGUGCUGAUUGGAAAUACAAAAAAAUGGCAGGGCAACAAGCCAGCCAAGAUGAACACGCUCUGAUUGAGCGUGUGUUUCUGAGAAUCGGAUCAGCUGAGACAGAUGAACAGCUGGAGACUGCUCUUGGGAAGUUCCUUGCUCCCGUCCUCAUCAAACUGAACAGUACAGAAGAAGGCAUCAGGAAAAAGGUUAUGGAAUUGCUAGUACACAUAAACAAGAGACUGAAGAGUCGUCCCAAAGUCCAGCUUCCAGUUGAGCCACUCCUCACACAGUAUCAGGAUCCCAAGGCCACGCCAUUCCUCACGAACUUCACAAUCCUGUAUAUCAAGAUGGGAUAUCCAAGACUCAGUGCCGAGAAACAGGCCGAGUUUGUUCCACAGCUGGUCAACUGUCUGGAAGGUCGGCCGCAGCAGCAUCAAGACAGCCUGCUCCAGCUGCUCAUCCCAGCCCUCCUACAUCUCAAACUACAGCAGAACAUGGCUCAGCGCCGCACAACCUUCAGCUUCUUUGAGCGCCCGGCCGUGCUCAAGCUCCUCCUGGACUUCAUGAUGGAUGUACUGCUGCUGCCCUACAAUUCUCACCUUGCUGCCAUAGAGAAAUCGGCUGCCCAGGCACAGGGUGGGUCAGGUCGCCCUGCUACAGCCCCUGCUGGUCGCUCCUCUGUUGCUCCUCCCCCAGGGCUGUGUGAGCAAGCCUUCAAACGUGUGACAGGAGAUGACCCUCUUGCACCUGAGGCUCUUGAACAAGCCAAGCUUGGCAUCCUCAAGUUUCUUGGGGCAGACGUCAUACCCGAUGCUGACAUUGUUGUACAUUAUGUUGUUGCUUCUUCAGACACCAGGCAUAGUGUUGCAACUUCAGCUGACAUGGAGCUUAAGAGGAUCACAGGGAGCAUCAACUGGAACUCUCCUGCCACUAUUAGCAAGCUGUUCUCCAUCUUCCAAGGGACAGUAGUAAUGAAGGGCCAGGCACCAGUGAAACCAGAACAGAGACGUACUCAUGCAUGUACAAGAAUCCGACUGAAGAUUUUCCCCAUCUUCCUGAAGUCCCGAGAGGCAGCCAACACCUUCCCUUCCUGUAUUCAGGUUGUGUUUGACUGCCUGUUUGGUAUUAACCCCAACCAGAAACUGCGGAACAUGGCAGUACAACUAGUUCACCACAUUUCAUACACCUGUGACUCGGCCAAGUUCCACAUGUUUGAUGCCGUGCUGUUGUCUGGAAUGGUGAAACUGAUUGGUGAGGCCAAGGAGGAUUCCAAGUUGAGAAGUCUAGCCUAUAUUGCUGUUGGAAAAAUUGCUCGAAGGUCGCCGCAGAGAGUGGCCAAGGAUAUCACACUGGUUCAAAAGUUCUUUGAGGCAGUUUGCCAGGAAGACAAUGAAACAAGACUUGCAGUCCAAGAGGGAUUAUCAAUGAUGUCCGAGGCCUUCAAACAUCUGGACGACAACAACAAGAAACUCAUGGAGGCACUGAUCAUGCAGAACAUGGACAAAAAUGAAUCCCAGGCAAGAUUGAUGGCAGUACAGUAUGCCAUAGCUGUCUUCCCUCAAGACCACAUCCCGUCAAGAUACAUUCUACUCCUGGCUUCUGGUGACAUUAAGGAAGAUAUUCGUGGGGAAGCUGUGAAAGCCUUGCUCGGAGGCAGUGGUCAGAGUGAGCUGGAUGCUGAGAAGAGACGUAGCAUCACACUGCCAGACUUCACUCAGAUGAUUCAGUACAUCAGAUCUCAAGCUGACAGGAGGAAGGAUCGGACUGUGGUGGGCAGCACAUCUCUCCCCUUCAACACAGCAGCAUACACACAGGUGGUGCUGUAUCUACGGACCUGCCUGGCUUACAGUGCCGGGAUCUCCCCUGACCUGCACACCGACUCUCAGCAGGACCAAGCACCUGCUAUAGCCAAGUAUGUGAAGCAGCUACUGGAUGCCAGCGGGGACGGGACGUCGGGGGUAGAGAUGUAUGUAGACAUGCUCAGACAGCUGCUCAGAGCCGUGACAGAUCCACAGGUGAUGUACUGUUUGUUGGAGAUUGUUGCUGUGGCUCCGGAGAAACUGGCUCCUCAGUUCAAACAGCACAUGGACUGGCUCAAGAAUCUGAUAUCAUCCAGUAAAGAUGACAUACGCGCCCCAGCUGCCCAGCUGUUCUCCAUUAUUAUCCUACACUCAUCAGACAAGGCCCAGGUCAUUGAAGCAGCACAGGAGUUUGCCGAAAACCUCAAAAACAAGAAUGUGGAGUUGAAGCAAGGUUCACUACUUGCCUUGGGUUAUCUGAUUGGUCAGUUGGUGAGACGUGGAAGGUCAUGUGACAUGCAGACAGAUCAAGCCCACUGGAACCAGGAACUGAUCCAGAAUACAGUUCUCCUGACAGCUGGCUACAUACGAGACAGCGACAGUAAUCUGUUGGCCCCAGCAUGCAUAGCCCUUGGUGAGAUAGGUCGUAAUGCACCCCUACCAGUGCCCCCUGGUGGGGAGGAGGAUAAGAAGGAGGACAUAACCAAGUGGAACGUCAUGACCUGGCUUGUCAACAUGUUGAAGACCAGCAAGGAAUCCAACAAGUCUAAGGAACGAGCUGCCAUGUGCCUUGGAUAUAUCUGUGCAGGAGAUGUGGAGUUUCCUCAUCGCAGAAAGGCCAUCACAGAUCUCUUCAAUGCAGUACAGGUGAAGCAAGUGGAUCUGCACUUCACUAUCGGUGAUGCCCUCGUCAGUGUGGCACAAGGGGGACGAUCAUCCUUGGUGAGGGAUUUUUGGACACAGACAGAAGAAGAAUUUCAGGCAAGUCUUGGAGACAUGCAGGAUGAGGUGGAAUGGUUCUUGACAGAGAUUCUCAAGUCGUAUGUUCAACAUGCAAACCCUCAUCUCAGACAGGCUUCCUGCAUCUGGCUGCUGUCAGUGUUGAAGAAGUGUGGCAAACACAGCUCCAUCCAGACUCACAUCCAGAACAUCCAGAGGGCAUUCAUGCAGCUGCUGUCAGAGAGUGAUGAGAUGACUCAGGAUGUUGCCUCCAAAGGUCUGGGUGUGGUCUAUGAAAACUGCACAGUCCAACAGAAGGACAUGUUGGUGUCCGAGCUAGUCAACACACUCAUGACUGGCAAAAGACCUAAGCAGGAAGUGAGUGGAGAAACGCAAAUGUUUGAAGAAGGAAGUCUCGGCAAGACUCCUGAGGGGGGAAGCAUGUCUACAUAUAAGGAACUGUGUGCAAUAGCCAAUGAUCUCAACCAGCCUGACCUCAUCUAUAAAUUCAUGCAUCUUGCAAACCACAAUGCCAUGUGGAACUCACGGAAGGGUGCAGCAUUUGGUUUCACCACUAUCGCAGCUCAGGCUGGGGAACAGUUGGCGCCGUACUUGUCCCAGAUUGUUCCUCGACUGUACCGGUACCAGUUCGACCCUAAUCCCAAAAUACAACAAGCCAUGACCAGCAUCUGGAAUGCCCUGAUACAGGACAACAAGAAAACUGUGGACAAGUACCUCCAGGAAAUCCUGAAAGAUCUCCUGAAGAACCUGACCAGCAGUCAGUGGAGGAUCAGAGAGUCCAGCUGCCUGGCAGUGACUGACCUGUUGCGAGGUCGACCUGUCGAUGACAUCGUUGAGCAGCUGCCCCCGCUGUGGGAGGACUGUUUGAGAGUUCGGGAUGACAUUAAGGAGUCGGUGAGAAAUGCUGCUGACUUGGCCUGUAAAGCUCUUAGUCGGGUGUGUGUGAAGACAUGUGAUCCCAGCCAGGGCAAGGUGGGAAAGAGAGCCACAACCCUCAUGCUGCCUUGUAUUCUCAACAACAGUUUGCAGAGCACAGUCCCUGAGGUCAGAGCUAUAGGGCUGUCCACGCUGCUGCAGAUCAGUAAGAAUGCCGGCGCCUUGAUGAAGCCCCACAUCCCCGUCCUGGUCACUGCUCUCCUGGAGGCAGUCAGUGGGCUGGAGCCACAGGUCAUGAACUAUCUCAGCCUCCACGUCAGCACCCAGGCCACACAGGAAAAGCUUGACAAUGCCCGUAUCGCUGCCUCCAAGAUGUCCCCAAUGAUGGAAACGAUCAACAGGUGUGUGCAGUAUGUAGACGAGUCAGUAUUACCAGAGCUGGUGCCACGGCUCGUGGACCUCAUCAAGAGUGGGAUCGGUGUUGGAACUAAGGCUGGGUGCUCCAGCUUUGUUGUGUCCCUCGUACAUCAGUGCCCCCAGGAUCUCAGCCCCCAUGCAGGUAAGCCCCAUUGUGUAGAACCACUCACCUGUCUGAUCCAGAUCGCCAAAGACAGUAGUGUAGAAAAGCUAAUCAACCGCCUCAAGUCUUGGUAUCUGGAGAAGGAAGUCUUUUCUCGACUUGCGUGUGGUUUGACCUUGCAGGCUAUGAGUCAGCACAGUUCUGAUUCCCUGAAGCGACAUGCCACUCUAGCAAUGCCACUGGCGUUCAUCGCUAUGCAUGAGAAGAUUAAGACAGAUGAGGGCGGCACGGCAGCCAGCAGCUCACAGUCAGUGUGGGAGGAGGUGUGGCAGGAGAUAACUCCAGGGACGGAGGGAGGCCUGCGACUGUACAUCUCUGAGGUGGUGGAGCUCCUGCAGGUGUCCCUGGAGUCCCAGCUGUGGAGCACCAAGGCCCAGGCCGCUGCUGCCAUGAGCACCGUGGCAACCAAACUUGGGUCAUCACUGGGACCUCCACAUCUCGGCAACCUCCUCACAGCGCUGCUCAACGGCCUCCAGGGCAGGACGUGGGAUGGCAAGGAAGCCCUCCUCCAGGCUUUGUCCACAGUAUGCACAUCCUGCAAGGACACUAUCAAAGAAAAAGGACAUAGCAGGACAACCCAAGAUAUUGUUGAGGCAGUUCUUCUGGAGUCUCCGAAAGGAGGGCCAGCUUACAAGAUUGAAGCAUUGAAGUGUCUUGGUGCCAUCAUUGAGGCAUGCACGAAGUUGGAUCUGUUCCAGGACGUGGGGAUAUACUGCUACCCAGAAAAGGAAUCGGACAAGGAUGAAGACAAGGAUGAUGUACCAUCUGCCGUGGAAGCACAACCUGAAGGAGUGUGCCUACACGACCCUGGGGAGAGCUGGCCCAGCACAGCCGACACACAUGGUGAGUUCCAGGGUCGAGUGUGUGAAUCACUGUGUGGGGUGCCAGUCAAUGCAUGGAAGGGCCAAGUCACCAUACUGAAGACAAUGCACAAGUUUGUUGACAGGUUAUCAUGUCUGAGGAAGGAGAACAUUACGAGGGACCCAAGUCCAGUGAUCCCCAUCGUAGACAAGCUGCUGGUUACUGUGAUACCCCUUCUAGGUAACAUGAAGUAUGCUGUGAUCCGAACUGAAUCUCUUGCUGUGAUAGAAAGUAUUGUGUCAAAGCUACAUGAUGCUGGUCAGUUACCUCUGCUAUCUCGCACCAGUGUUGGUAACAAGCUUGUGGAGGAGUUAUCUCCCAUGUGCGAAGAUGGAGUUUAUGAACUCAGAGAAAAAGCUGCUGACUUAAAGAAGCUCCUGACUGCAUCAGCGUGAUACUAAAGUUACCUGCCCUUGAUAGACAUGACCUUUAGACAUUCCUAUCAAAGACUGUAUGAGAGGUCUGGCUGCAAGGAUCCAGAGUUUGAGAAGUCCAAAAUGAAUAUCUUUACACCUAAUGACUUCACCAGCAAAGGCAUACAUGGGCUUCCACUACUACAAGCUGAAGUCACAUUGAUACACACCUUAAUCAAUAUGUUCUGUCUGGUUCUGGUUGAUGUUUGAGAGCGGUGUCCGUAUGCUCUGGUAGGCAUGGACGUCUAUUUGUCAUGUAUAGGUCUUCAUUGGUGUCCCGCAGCUUCAGCCUGUGUUGACAUUCAUUUGAAUUACAACUGAGGUCAU